ACCAACAUGACAACCUCCACUAGAGAAUGCCAUGUGAUGGACAACGAGAUCUAUUGAAGGGAACCAUUGAAGAGGAGAUGGUUACACUCGACCCAAACAUUGAUCAGAAAGAGCCAUGGGAGGCCAGCCUUUACGAAGAAAUGGAGAAAUUCAAACCUGAAGUGCAGGAACAGCUAUGGAAUAAAAGAUCCAUAUAUCAUCUGCCAGCAUUCAGCAAGUUGUCGAAAGCCUCAACCGUGUUAACACCUCAAGUCGUUUCUUUCGGUCCCUACCACCACGGUGAACCAAACUUGAAGUUGGUCGAGCACUACAAACGAAAGACACUCCUAUAUUUCCUCCAUGACGCCAAACUUCGCCCAGGAAAUGUUAUCAAUGCAAUGAAAGGUGUCGUGGAGGAAUUGCAAGCACAUUAUGAAUAUUUAGAAGACAAAUGGAAAAACAAAAUGGAAUUUGUGAAACUUAUGGUCACCGAUGGUUGCUUCAUGUUAGAGCUUCUACGAGGCGAUUUUUCUAAGUUUCCCACUAAUGAUCCUAUAUUUGGUGACCAUGCAGCUAGCCACAUAAUUCCUCAUAUAAAGAAGGACAUGCUUAUGCUGGAGAAUCAACUUCCAUUGCUGGUUCUCAAGACGUUAUUAUUGGAGGAGAGGAGCCGGAGGAAUGAGUCACCAGACUUAUUAUUGGAGAGGAGCCGGAGGAAUGAGUCACCAGAGUCAUCAGACUCACCAUCAGAGAUAAUACUGACAGACGACCAAGUCAUCAACAAUCUAGUCUUCAAGUUUUUCGAGAUGAAAGGCAUGCUUAAUAACACCACCCUUCAUCUGGGACUACACGUUCUUGACUUGUAUAGAAAAAGUUUGUGUGAAACACAAGAAGCUUUUGGUAAGUUUUGGGAAGUAGAGCAGAAAAGGCCAUAUAUAUGUACGAAUGCUACCGCAGUGGAGCUGCACGAGGCCGGAGUUCGAUUGGAGAUAUCCAAGAGUUAUAUAAUCAGUCACAUAGAUUUCCACGAAGGCGUCCUCACGGUCCCAAAUUUUGACAUCAACAACGCCACAGAAUCCACCUUCCUCAACCUGAUCAUGGCCUUCGAACACCUCCACCCCGGCCUCCGCGAUGUGGUUACAUCCUACAUUUGCUUCUUGGGUGACUUAAUUCACUCUGCCAGUGACGUUCAAUUGCUCCGGUCUGCCAACAUCAUCCGUCUUACUGAUGUGACUGACAAGGAUGCUGCCGAAAUUCUGAACAGGCUUACUAAAGAUGUCGUGUAUGAACCGAUCUUUGAAGUUAACUAUGUUCGUUUUAGAAUAAAGAAAUACAGCAGAAGGAUAUGCGGGAGAGUGAAUAGAUUGUUGAAAACGAGAGUUAAAAAAUGGUUUUCUAUCCUCAUGAAUCUACAUUUCAGCAACCCUUGGUCUACUAUUGGUAUUAUUGCUGCUGCGGUUGCGCUGGUGCUCACGUUCAUCCAGACUUACUAUGCAAUUCUCAGCUACAAAUAUCCCAAGAAGUAACAAUAUAUGUCUGAACAAUCCUGCUGCAUGCAAUAAUUGCUAUUUGUUAUCUCGUACCAAAUGGAUUGAUCAUAUAUAAUUAGAUUGACUUCCCAGAUUGUGCGGUGAUCAUUGCAUGCGGUUCUUGACGAAAUUAUUAAUUCGGUGCAAACAGUAUUCAUUAGGUAUGCAGAUGAUGAUUGAAAUGCGUCUUAUUUUGAUGUAUGUGUGAUUGAUGAGUGUUUUUUUUAUAUAUUUAAACUAUUUUUUAAUUGUUUGUGUGU